CAAAAGCUACCUUAAGAGCCCAUUAGCUCUACAGUCACAAGUACAAUUUUCUUUGUUGAGGUAUGCCCACUGGAUGGCAAGGAAUCACUUCUAAAGCCCCUUGCCCUACCAGAGGACAACAUUCUGCCAGCAGGGGAAAAUGCCACACACAUUAAGGUCAAUAGGGAGCCUCAGAUUGCUGCCACUCUGCUCUUCCUUCCCCUGCUCCACCUCCCUUGCUGCACUGCAGGUCUCUGCAUCCUCCCUCCCUCAUUACUGCUGGUGUGAUGAUCAAUCUAAAACUUGGGGCUGCAUGAAGUGGAGAGUGGGAGCAGCAGGUUGAGUAUGCAGCUGACCUGGGAUAACAACCAGCAGACAUUGGAAAUUAAAAUGGAGCUGUACUGUGGCUGUUUGAGAUUAAGGGGGCUACACAAAGUGAAAGCGUCCUAAGCCUGAAUGUGAUUAUUGGGUCAUAGGCCAAUUACACAAGCUAUUAGGCUGCCUUGAUCCAGAUACAUGCAUGUGUUUUUUGCAGCUAUUUUCCGUGAGAGUCCGUGAACUCAGGAUCUCAUGUAUGCUGAGUCUCUCCUUUUUCCAGCUUAGGUAUGGCUACAUGGAAAGCUGGUCUAUGGGUCUGAAGGAGAAGAAAUGGGAUACCCUAGGAAAUUAAUACAAUUGCUCCAGCAUGGCACUUUCUUCUGUGUCCUGGAACAAGGAGCCAGGCCUGCAGUCUUGCUGUGCCAUCCUUUUCUCACCUAAAACUAUUCUUCCCACCAGGGCCUCCAAAAUAGGAGCUUUUACAUCUCCCUAAUGUCCAGGUGCUGUAUCCUUUUUAUUAUGUUGCUACUAAUCCCCACACAAGGGGGGCGGUGCCAACCACAGUCUUGCCACUGUCAGCUCCAUUAUUUCCCCUUUAUGUGUGACGUCCCUUAUCCCCUGCAAAAGGCUGGUUCCAAACACUUUGUGCAUGGCUGCUGCGGAGGAAGCAUUGUUUUGCCAGCAGGUCUUAAAUCCUGCAUGGGGCAGGGGGCUCUUUGCACAGGCUUCUUUUUAUCACAAGUACCUGGUUGGCUUGUGCAGGGAAAGACAAUAUAGCUUAUUCUGGUAGCAUGGCCAGGGUUGGGUAGCCUCACAAGGUCACCUGAAUAUUGCUAUGCAGUGCUAGGAGCCUUCCUUGCCUGGUUGGAGAUGUGUUGUUGGUGAGCAUAAUCUUUGUGGUUGGUGGCAGAAUUGCCAGGCCUGCUGUGGUGGGUGUGUCUAUUCAGUGUUGCUGUUGACUCUGCUGCUGGUUCACCAGAGGAGGAGCGUGACUGUGUUAUGCUUGGCAGUAGCUGUGGCCUAGCAGCUGCUAGGGGAGCACAAGGGCCAUCUGAUGGCCCUGCUUUUGGAGCACUUGGGUGUAGAGGUUUAUAAAACUAUAAAUGAGAAAAGCAUGAAGGGAGGAUAGUUUUUCUUUUCUAGUAAACAGAACUUGCAGGGUCAUCUGUUGACAGUGAUAGCCAAGCAGGAUCAAGAGGCAAAGGCUUGUCUCUGGCUGCCUCACACACAGAACCCAUUAGAAGUCCCACCUAAACCCAGACAUGGAAGGUUAUUAGAGACAAUUAGAGGGGCUCUUUUGGGCCACCCCUCCUCACCUGUGCAAAGGCCUGGCUGGGUGCACUUGCACACCUCGCUAAGAGAGACCAGGGUGGGAGAAUGGGGGGGGAUUCUGUGGUGCUGAGAAAGGAGGGCAGAGAAAGAGAGGGAGAAGCUCUGUGGGGAGGAGGGAGAGAAAAGGAAACUUGGCCAGGGCCGGAGAGAGAGGAAGUGCGAAAACAAAAGCGAGAUAAAAGGGGCUGCUGCUGCUGCUCUCGCUCUCCCUCCUCUGCGCCUUUCUUUUUCUCUCUCCCUUUUUCUCAGAGCUGGGUUAGGAGGGGCUGUUUUGCAUCCCUUCACGUCAGCCCUGCCUCAUUCCCUUCUUCCUUCCUGCUAGAGAGAGAGAGAGAGAGAAAAGAGAAAGGGAACUGCGAGCAAGCGAGGAGCCGGCAGCACCCAGACGAGGAUCUGCCCCAGAGGGAGAGGUGAAGCGGCCUCCCUUGCCUGCCUGCCCGUUACCCGCCCCCCUUGCCAAGCCUCUUCGGGAGUCCCAGGACAACAGAACCUUGAUGUGUUUGAUGGUAUGAGCCAUGGACCGCUUUGCCCACUCUGGAACACAGACAGAUGCCGUGGUGGUGCUGUCUCUGGCCCAAGCAGCCGUCCUGGGCUUGGUGACUGAGAACGAGUUUUUUGGUGCCACGGUCAGCCCCGGAGGUUUCUUCUCCAGCUUCGCAGGCAGGCUCGACGGCAUGUCCACGGUUGAGUUGAAGCAGCCAGAAAGCCAUUGCCCUCUGGAGAAUGAAGGCCAAGGUCACGUCGAGCCAGCGGAGGAGGAUGAAGCAGCAGAGGCUUCCUUUGGGAAACAUGCCCGGAGGAGGAAGCGCCCGCCUGUGAGGCUGGUGCCAAAAGUGAAGCCCGAGAAGGGGGAGUGGGGGCAGGAAGACGGCGUUUACGAAGCAUCAGUAGCAAGUGAGGGCAAGGAGGAGCAGAUGGGCAGCCACCCUGUGAGCCUGGAGGAGUCCCCCUGUGAGCAGACAGUGCAGAGCAGCGCUACCAAGAUGAUUGAUCUCAGCACGUUCAACAGGAAGCCUCGACGCCUGCGGCAGCAAGCUCCAGAAGAGCUGUCCCUGGUCGGGUAUGAGGAGAGGCUCCCAAGCACCCCACAAGCCAACCUGGACAGCACUCCGGGGAGUGCAGAGGCCUUCUCCAGUGACUGCGGCUUCCAGGCUGGUGCUCCUCCACCCUUGAUCAACCUGGAGCAUCCUGUGCCACACUCUCCUCCGGGGCAGGGCAAGAGCGAGCUGGGCUUUGUGUGGCAGGAGCCCCUGGACUUUGAGGCGGAGGCCCACGGCGAGCACAGCAAGAAGGUUCAGCUGGACCGCCUGGACAUCAAUGUCCAGAUAGACGACUCCUACCUGGUGGAGAAGCGUUGGCAGUGUCGCCUGUGCGAGAAGUCCUACACGUCCAAGUACAACCUGGUGACGCAUAUCCUGGGCCACAAUGGCAUCAAGCCCCACUCCUGCCCGCACUGCAGCAAGCUCUUCAAGCAGCCCAGCCACCUGCAGACCCACCUGCUCACCCACCAGGGCACGCGGCCCCACAAGUGCCAGGUGUGCCACAAGGCCUUCACCCAGACCAGCCACCUCAAGCGCCACAUGCUGCUGCACUCCGACAUCAAGCCCUACAGCUGCCGCUUCUGUGGCCGCGGCUUUGCCUACCCCAGCGAGCUGAAAGCCCACGAGGGCAAGCACGAGAGCGGGCGCUGCCACGUCUGCGUGGAGUGCGGCCUGGACUUCUCCACCCUCACCCAGCUCAAGCGCCACCUGGCCACCCACCAGGGGCCCACUCUCUACCCCUGCCCAGAGUGCAACAAGUCCUUUCAUUACCGCAGCCAGCUGCAGAACCACAUGCUCAAGCACCAGAAUGUGCGGCCAUUCGUCUGCACCGAGUGUGGCAUGGAGUUCAGCCAGAUCCAUCACCUUAAGCAGCACUCGCUGACCCACAAGGGCGUGAAAGAGUUCAAGUGUGAAGUGUGCGGGCGAGAGUUCACGCUGCAGGCCAACAUGAAGCGCCACAUGCUGAUCCACACCAGUGUGCGCCCCUAUCAGUGCCACAUCUGCUUCAAGACCUUUGUGCAGAAGCAGACACUCAAGACCCACAUGAUCGUCCACUCGCCUGUCAAGCCCUUCAAGUGCAAGGUGUGUGGGAAAUCCUUCAACCGCAUGUACAACCUCCUGGGCCACAUGCACUUGCACGCAGGCAGCAAACCCUUCAAGUGCCCUUACUGUUCCAGCAAGUUCAACCUGAAGGGCAACCUCAGCCGGCACAUGAAGGUCAAGCAUGGGGUGAUGGACAUCAGCCUGGACAGCCAAGAUCCCAUGCUGCAGCUGCCAGGUGAUCAUGCAGAGCUGGACGGACAGCAGGAGAUGGAGGACUACGAGGAGGAAAACUCGUAUGACUAUGGGGUGGUGGGGAACCCUGCCAACGAGUCUGCCUUGACUGAACACGCCAUGAAGGAAAUGGCCUACUACAGCAUGUUGUAGCCUGGGGCAGGCUGGGUGAAGGGGACAGGCAGCUGUUUCCACCCGCUCCGAAAAGCUCUGUUCGGGCAGCACAGAAUUUGAUACUCUUGCCCUCUUUAGCUGUUUAGUCCUGCACUGGAUCUGUGGAAGUCUUGCUGCCGCCAACCCUUGACUGGGCUCUGCUGCUGGGCUGGGCUGGCAGUACUUUUCUCUCCAGCUUGAAAGGACCAGGAGGGGGCAGCACUUGCCUUAGACUACCUCCCACAGCACCUUGCACCCAGCACAAAGAAGCAGAAGGCCCUGUAGUGGUGCUGAUAGGCCAGGACCAGCCAGGGCUCAGUGCUACAGACACCAGGCUGUAUUGCAGAGCCAAACUGGAUCAGCUCCUGUAUGUUUCUCUUACAAACUACCUCUGCCCUGCGCAAAAAAUAAAA